UUUUUUUUAAACACGGAAGGUUAUGUAAUGCAGUGCCAUUUCCAAAAAUAUCCACUCUGAGGCAUUACACUACACGGUGGAAGGCUGAUUCCUAUUCUGUCGUCUUGAUUGCAAAUAUACUGCCAGUAGUAUGUCUGGGAACAAAGAGCAGCCAGAAAACAAUCUAUUUUUAUCACUUGGUUCUACUUUUAAGUUGCUAAACCUUUUGAACUUGUGCAAUUUAAAGAUGAACCGAGCACUAAGAAUAGCCCAGGACUCUGCAAAGCCAAGUACCAGGGAUUCCUUUGUCCCCUAUUUAAGCCUAUAGACCACUUGGAAGGCUCUUUCAGAAAUCCCAGUGGCUACAGUAAUUUGCAUGUAACUUAACCACAGAAAAUGGUUAUUUGUCUGUAACCUUAAAUGAGGCAUUUUUCAUUUGCUGACCUGUGGUGAGGCGAUGUGUCUACUGUAUUUAAACAUAUUUUGCAGGUUGGUCUCCCUGGACUGAAGAGAGGGAGAAUAGAAGUCCAAGACUAAGAUUCUCAAAAUGGUUUACUACCCAGAACUCUUGGUCUGGGUCAGUCAAGAACCAUUUCCAAACAAGCAGAUGGAGGGAAGACUUCCUAAGGGAAGACUUCCUGUCCCAAAGGAAGUGAACCGCAAGAAGGACGAGGAGAUCGAUGCUGCCUCCCUGACUCCACUGGGCAGCAGUGAACUCCGCUCCCCGAGAAUCAGUUACCUCCACUUUUUUUAAUCGUAACACCUCCAUUUGUAUUACAUAUGGUGUAUGGGUAUUGAUGAGGUCAUGGUAUCAUAUAUGGGAUUUUUUUCUGUGUAAAUCAUCAAGUAUAAGAAGAAACUAUGGGACUCUGAGCCUUGCUUUAGAGAAUUUACAGUGGACAAAUAGGUAUCAUCAAACCAGUUUUUAAUCAUUCUGACUCCAGUGAAAACGCUCAGAAUUUCACACUGUGAAUCCACGUUUACAACCCUUACAGGUGGGCCUUCAGGCCUGGUUCGCUACAACAAUGUCUUCCACAACUCAAACUCGCACCGUGCUCACACGACCGGUCCACUCCUGCCUUUUCACUCACACAGCUCCCGACUGCUUCUUGCAGAGGCUGAGAGUCCCCAUUUUUUUUUUUUCAUUUAGAUGUAACAAGCCUAGUAGUUUAUGUUCAUCAAUGGUCUGUAUAUCUCUAUAUUUUAUCCAUGUACUCUUUUGAUGUAUAGAAGUAGUUUGAAACUCAUUGUUUCCUUGUGGUAAGUGACCGAGAUGCUGCCACAGGACCUGAGACACUGAUGAAUGGUGCUAUUUUGGACUUUCAACAUGCUCCUUGGCGAGGUAGCUCUGAUGGAGUUAUUUUUUAUUUCCAUGUUCUAAGAAGGUGUUGGUACUCUGUUUCCCUGAAUGUUGUUCUCUAGACUGGAUUGACUUGUUCUCCUUGUGUCUUCAGUGUGGCUUUCUUCCUCAGUGUUGUAGGUUGAGUGGAUGCUGCCAGAGAGUGUGAGAGACUCUUGUCUCAUUGACUGGCACUCACGGACAUGCAGUCACGGUAGCGGGAGCAAUCACAAAACUGUAAUUUACUUACCAAAAUUCUUCCGGUUCGUAGCCUCGCCUGCCUGACUUAGAGAAAGAAAAGCAAUAAUUUUACAGGCAUUUCGAGGUGUCUCUUUGGGUUCUUUUCGUUUGAAAGGAUAUUUGAGAAAAAGGGCAAACUUUUUUUUUUUUUAAUUUUAAAGAUUCGGGGUACAAUCCAGGAUUAGAUAUACAAGUGGUCAUGGGGGGGGAUAUCUAAAACACUGGCGACUGAGUAGGAAUAGGAAAUUAAACUUUUUCCAAAAAUUAAGUUGGUAAAAAAUGUCUUUACAAAAUAAUACUAAUUUUUAACAAGGCAGAGCACUCUUUUUUGGUGGUUUUGAUAAGCAAGGUGUAGAUUUUACAUUUUUGUCCUUGCUCCCAAUGAAAUGGACAAACAAAAAAUAAAAUACCAUCUACUCAUGGAAUGUUGUUGUGUAAGCCAGUCUGAAAGCCCACCUUAAUUUUUAUAUAACUGUCGUUUAGCUCUUUCUUUGACAGGGCAGGCCUUGUUCUGAACUGUUCCGCUUCUGACUGUUAAACACCGAUGACGCAUGCGCUGCACUUCUUCAUUCUCUUCUCGCUCCCCCAUUGGCCUGAGUUUCUUGUGCAUUUCUCCUCUCCCUCCUUUGUUAGACUAGGUAUAUCAGCGGUGUAAAUAGAGCAAAAAAACAGUAUUCUGCAUCUGUGGCAUUUAUGUAGAGUUGCAGUUGUGUACUGCUGAAAAUGCAGGCUUUUGUAACAAUGUGAUCUUUACUGAUGCACUCAUGACAAGUACCCAAUGUAUUUUAGCUAUUUUAGUAGUAUUUGUUCAAUAAAUAUGCAAGCUGUAAGGUAA